ACAUCACUAUCACCGCCAUCAUUACGGGCACGUGUAAGAGCACAAAAAAUUUCUUUCAAUAAUUGACUGUACAACCGUGUGACACAAGAACUACAAAUGGAGUCCGAAUCUUUUUAUGGUGUUAUACUCAGCGAGAAACACCCAAUCGCACAGUUCGAUGUACCCGAUAUUCCAGAGGAGUACGUCGUCCACUCACACAAAUUGAUAAUAAAACAGAUCUCCCUCGGAUACGAAGCGAAGACGGGGGAAUUUAAUGUUGUACAGGCGGAGACAAACGUGAACGAUGAUGGUGAGAAAAAGACUGUGAAGAUUCCGAUAGCAGUUCUGAAGGCCGGUGAAACGCGCAGCCUGCACCCAAAUGUGGAGUUCCCCAAUGGAACAGUCACUUUCAAACUGGUGCAGGGCACUGGGCCGGUCUAUGUCUGCGGCAAGGCCGAGAUGAACUUUGGCGAGUUCGACGACGGGCAGAUGUAUGAGGAGUACUCCGACGACGAAGAGGACAGCGAUGGGGACUUCGACGAGGACGCUGUGCCGCAGACAAACGGCAAGAGCAAAAUUACAAAGAAGUAAAGUAAUAAUAAACUAUCGAGUAAGCUAAAGAAAUGAUACAAAAGAAAAUAAAACAAAACAGGAAAGAAAAGAAAA